CGAGAUAGACCGGUGAGAGGCGUCAGCCAGUUUUCUUGUCUUUUGGCAUAACCGGCGACUUCAUUUUCUGCAAACCGUGUACAAUAUAACGACAUGACGAAGUGACGACUCUCUUCCGAUCGAUACCCAGCAUCCCACGUCGAACGAGUCUUGCGACACGGACCGACGACGUAAUUUUCCAACUCUCGCCGCACGAGCUCUCAGCGCUCGUCGCCCUGUAGCAUGUGGAACAAGAUCACGGGGAAGAGCGACAGCUCCCCGUCUUCCAAGGACGAUCGCCGCCGAACCGAAUCCACGCGUGCUAAACGCGCCGCCGAGUCCAUCGUCUCCUCCAGUUCCUCGCGCAGACCCACUCGCACCGACAGCGAUUCGCGUCGAGCGCCAACUUCAUCCAGAAAUUCAUUCCCCCCGGAAGCUCCACCGUCGCGAGCAUCUUCCUAUGCUACUGCGCACGACGGAGCUUCAGAAUAUGCAACCUACGACCCCAUGGCAGACCGUUCGUCGCGCUCCCGAGGCGCCAACGAUGACUUGUACGACGACACCCGCGACGAACGAUCUUCCCGCCGUCGAGAUGAGCGCUCUUCUAGCUAUGAUACAAGGACGACCCGCAAGGAGCGGUCACGAAGCAGGGACCGCGAGGACCGGAAGAGGAAGGACGAAAAGCGGGACCAGAAGAAGAGCCGUUCGGACCGGUCAAGCAGCCUGUCCCAGACUGGUGGCUAUCGCGGAGACAUUGUGGACAGUCCAAAGCCUCUCACCAGAACAUUCAGCGACCAGGUCUCCCGCCCAGGCUUUUCUCAGUUCCCUGGUCAGGAUGGAGCUCCGAUGAUGUCUGGCGCAUUGCCCACUCCCGCCAAUCCUCCUAUGUCUUCUUAUAUCACCGACCAAUUUCCAGGCCAGAAUCCGGCUCAAUUUGCUGCUCCCUCUAUUCCGGGUCCCGCUCCAGGUGAAGUAUUUGGCGCCGCGGCCGACUAUUACGGCGACCAAGGACAGUCUGUGGGUGCUCAGCCUGGUGUACGACCCCAACAACCCUCCGUCCUUAUGCCACUUGAUACUCCACACCUAAUGUCUGCAUCCGCUCAGGCCAACCCAGUCCAAGAUACCGGGGCUGGUGCUGCGGCCGACUUCUAUGGAUCUAGUAACAUAGACUUGCCUCCCUCAAAACCUCCGAGGCCCUCGAUGCCGGGCGCCUUUGAAGACGACCUAGUUCCGCCGAAACCUCCUCGACCCAGUUCGAAGCCUAGUAGCUCCGGCAAACCAGGCAAGUUAGGUUCUGCUGCUGCUUUGGCAGGCGCAGCAAGUCUUACAUAUGCUCUGGGCCAUAGCUCUAAUGCCCAUCAUUCUGAGAGUUACACGAAUGGCGUCCAGGGCUCUUCUUCGAUGUAUAUGCAAGGCGUUAACCAUUCAACUGCCGCCACUGACGGUAGCUAUAUGCCCAAUUACUCGGCAGCCAUGGCGGACGCCCCUCCUCCGAAGCCACCUCGGCCUGGGAAACCGUCCAAAGAAUCAUCUUCCCAUUCCAAUGCUGGAUUGUACGCUGCCGGAGCUGCCGGCCUCGCAGCUUAUGGAAUACAUCACCACAGUUCGCACCAGCACUCGUCUUCCAUGUCUGGCGGCUUUCCUGGCGACCAUGAUGGACCUGGUCCGUCCCCAAGCCCGUUCAUGUCCGGUGGUAUGGCUACUAGGCAAGAACAGAAGGGACCAAUCACCAAGCUCGUAGAUUGGUGGAAGGACCAUGAGGAUGUUCAGAAGAUGGAAGAAUAUACAGAAUAUAUUGGAGUCUGCCGCGGCUGUUUUGACCCACGUUCGUCAGUCCAGGACGCCCCUAGGAAGCACCACUACAGCCGAAAGCGAUCUGGAGAAUUCCGACCCUCGGGUAUUGAAAAGCAGUCUCGUUAUUCCUACUCGGAGCUUGAUGCGAAACGGAAGAGCAACAAGGCUGGCUGGCUGGCUGCAGGACUCGGAGGGGUUGGUCUUGCUAAAGCCGGAAAGGCUCUUUUGAAUCGAGAUGAUUUCGAUGAUACCUACAGUGUUAAGUCAGGACAUGCAUCCCGCUCACGGACUUCCCUCCAUCGUCGGGGUAACCGCAGCCGUAGCCGUAGCCAAUCUCGAGAUCGGAAGCAUCAUUCCUCAGGAAGAUCGGAGAUUCGUUAUAGGAGCCGUUCUAGGGAUCGGAUGUCUCGGCUCUCUACAGGUGUAACUGGCGACCGCAAAGAGUACAAGGUAGUACGCCACCGUUCACGUUCGCGAUCUCGUUCUCGCUCUAGGGAUCGCAAAUCAGGACUCCUGGGAGCAGCGAUUGGAGCAGGGAUCGCAGCUUCUGCGGUUGGCCACGCGCAGAGGAAGCGAAGCCGCAGCCGAUCCACUUCUCCGCAGAAGGUGUUUGUCCACCACCGUAGAGAUAGUAGCGAUCAUGACCGCCGGCAUUCGAAACCCCAUCGUCCAAGCCAUCGGUCAUCUCGCAGCUCUCUCACAUCCGGUUCCUACGUCGACGUCUCUCAACCCUCCAGGCCUAGAACAGGUGGUUUCCUAGGCGGCUUCUUUACUGCCCCCCCACCGAAAGAGAAGCGGCGGAAGCCUCAUUCUCACUCAAAGAAAAAGAAGGGCUUUUUUAAUUUCGGGAAUGCCUCAUCCUCUUCUUCAGACUCGAACCUUGCCUUUGGGGCGGGGUAUGAUAGGAGGCGCCGACGCUCCACACGACGCAACUCAGACGAGAAGUUUAAUUCCGCCUUAGUCGGCUUAGCUGCCACUAGCGCUGCUAUAGCUGCUACGCAAGCUGGACGCUCUAAGCAUGGCAAGCAUAGACCUGAGGUUGUAGCCAUUCGGGAACAUCGACAUGGGCGGGGGGGCUCUGAUCGAUACAAGCCUGGUCGUUCAUCUCGUUCCUCGAUUGUUGACGAAGAAGGGUGGGAGUCCUUACCCGAGGAUGAUACUUCCUCUGACUCGGGAAGCUUCAACUCUGGCCUGGCAUUUGGAGAUUAUGAUUGGAAGAUGGGGAAGAGCACAGAGUCUCUUGCGUCUAGUGCCUCAGGUACGAGCAAGUGGGGCUGGCGCUGGGGAAGCAAGAAAAAGAAGAAGCCUUCAACCGAAAGCCUUCACAAUGCUGUGGCUUCAGCAUCCUUCAUCGCCCCUGUCGUUGCUGGCACUGCAAUUGGUGUAGGGUUAAGUCGACAUGACAGCAACGCCAGCAGCGCAUCAACUCUCCAAUCCGUCUAUCCUGUUCAAACAGAUGUCAAUUCGUAUGAUGCCAUGAGACGGACGAGUGCUGUUCCUACGCCUCAGCCUAUUGUGACCGGUCGACCACCGGGUAUCAUUGAACAACCGCAGCCAGUGCAUCAAGUACCUGGGGCCCUAUAUUCUAGCCAGGCCCAACCUCAGCCGGGUUAUGUAGCGCCUAUUGGUCCACCAGUCUUCGCGAAUAUUCCUCCUCAGCCCUCACAUUCCGCACAACAAUUCCACUCAGGCAUGGUGGAGCCCCCUAAGCGGAAUUCUGUCCCACCACUUCCGCGCCGUGGAAACUCUUCACCGACGUUGAGCUCUUGGAAACGCGAUGCUGCUCUUACUAGUGUAGCUGCUGGUGUAGCCGCUGGUGUUGGCGUUGCUGCGGUCGCUGCCUCGAAGUCCCGUGAUCGCCGGACAAGCUCUCCGAUUAAUGUUCGCUUCGAUCUAACUGCCGACCAAUCAUCGAAGGAGGAGCGUGAACGUCGACGACAAAAAGAUCGCCAAGAGGAGGUAGAUCACCGCCGCCGCGAGAAACAGCGCGAAGAAGAGGAAGCUCGCAAGCAGGAAGAAGAACGCCGGCGUCGUGAGAAGCAACGCCGAGACGAAGAAGCCCGGAAAUACGAGGCAGAACGCUUGGCUAGGAUUGCAGCUGAGCAGCAUGAGGCAGAUCGUCGCCGUGAACGAGCUGAGAGACGUGUUCGAGAAGCUCGAGAAGCUCGCGAAGCAGAGGAAGCAGAUCGACGCGCCCGAGAAUCUCGGGAAGCUGCUGAGGCUGAGCGUCGGGCUCGAGAGGCGGCGGAGGUUGAGCGCCGGGCUCGUGAGGCUCGCAUGGAAGCUCAACGUAGAGAAGAUCUUGAACGCGAAGCUGAGCAGAUGCGGAGAGAGCGCCGAGAAGCCGAUAUUCGUGAGGAUACUGAACGCCGACAAAGAGAGGCCGAAACCCAAGCAGUUUAUGAUCGUCGAAACCGGGACUCCGACAGCGACCAUAAUCGACAGACCCGAACGCUUGAACAACAAACAACUGGAAGCUCGAUCGCCAGCGAUGUGGGACGUAAAGAGAACGAACUUCAAGAACGGGAGCAUUAUACCGUUCAGCCUGAGACUUGGAAAUCAACUGCGGCGGCCGCCACUGUGGCUGGCGCUGCUGCGGUGAUUACUGGUGCUGCAGUAUCGUCGCAUUGCGAUCGAUCACCAGCUGUCCAGACUGUAACGCCUGCUGUCAAGACCAUUGUGCCCGCUGUCAAGCAUGUAGAACCGACGAAAAUUGCGCAAGACUAUGCGGAUGAGGAGAUCUUCGACCCUAACAUUUUUAAGAAGCGGAGGGCGGAGGAAGAAAUAUCACGCAGAGCGGCUGUGAAGAUUCUUGAAGAUAUUGACGCCCGGUAUAAAGAGCAUCCCGUCUCUCAAGCUGACUUCUUCGCACCAGAAGAGCUCAAGGACCAUUCCGCAGGCCCUUCGCCAAAGAUUGAUCCGAACGAAGGUGCCCCCGAUCUUCAUAUUUUCUAUGCUCAUGACGAAUUUGAUAUUGGUGCUCCGAAAGUUCCGCCUUACCCUUCACCCUACUCUUUCACGGCCACAAGAGAUGGGUUUGGGUUGUCUCUACCUUAUCCUGUCCCUUCUCUGAAUUUGAUCCAGCCGACUCCUCCUGGAAGCCGAGCGAACUCUAUUCGUGGUGUAUCCUUACCUCCCUCGCCAGCCAUUGCGCCCGUAGAUGAACCGAAGAAGGAAGAGCCAAGGCAAACUGAAGCAAACAAAAGAGGAUCAAGAGUUAGUUGGGGCGAAAACCAGUUCCACAAAUAUGAGGUUCAGACCCCGGAAUCUUCUCGCGAAUCAUGGAUCGACCCCGAAGUAAAAGGGGAGAAGCAUUCACAAGAUGAGAUUGUAGUUGAGUUCGACUCACCAGAGUCUGGCAAACGGACGUCUUCCUAUCAACCGGAGAAGGAGGCCAUAACAUCGACUUAUGGACCCAAAGAGAUGGACGAUGCACCAAGCACCCAAUAUGUCCCGAAUCAAGAGGAUGCGAGUUGGCCUGAGAUUCCAACUAGGAGAAUGAGCAAGAAAGACAAGAAAAAGUCUAAAGUUGUAGCCGCAGCGGGGACUAUUGGGGCAGCAGGGGUGGCAUCAUCUUUUGGGGACAAGGCAGAUAGAAGCUCGUCAACGCCCAAGGACGAGCCUGUCUCAGAUACGCACUCCAGGCUCGUACAAUCUGCAAUCCCACCUUCAAGCAACGUCUAUCAAGCACCUUUCUAUGAAUCGGUUUCUGAUGUCAGUGCAUAUGUACCUGCUCAGCCAAAAGGUUUUGCUGUAGGGGAGAUUACUGAGGAACCAGAGCCUAUGACAAGAGUUCACAUGCCUGGCGGCUUCGAGGAAGAUCCUGAGCCUGAGCCCGAACCCGAACCCCAACCUGCUGCGGUUGAGGAAUGGGCCGAAGCUCCAAAGAAGAAGGGUAAAGGCAAGAAGAAACCAAGGAGCACUGACGACGAAUUCUCUUCGCAAGUUACCCAAAGGAAGAUCGAGGAGAAGCCCGUCCCCGAACCGAUCGAAGUCAGGGACGCAAUUCCCGAGCUUCAGCGUCAACUAAGCAAAAAGGAAAAGAAGAAGGCCAAAAAAGCUAAACGUGCUAGCUUAGAUAACCGGGAUGACACGGAGUCUAGCCCACCAGAUACCCCCCAGGUCGAGCGCGACAUAAGGGAUGUGGAGCCAUCCUAUCCUACUUCCUACAAGCCCACCGAUACUUACGAAGGCGGCGUUGAUCUUAACAAGACCCCAUCGCAUGAAAGCGCUAGCAACACUACGAACGCUGCUGUUGCUGGAGGCUUUGCCAGCCUUGUUUUUGGUACAAUGAAAUCAGACCAGGACAAGACUUCGUCCGACUUGGAGUCAGCGAAGAAGAGCGUGGAGGCCGCAGACACGCACGCUUCGCGCGAUGACUACCCAUCUACUGCGAAUGGAGCUCGCUCAUUCGCAGCUACUGAGAGAGUCUCCCCUAUUCUCUCCUCUAUUCCUUCUACAGCGUUCCAAGACGUUGACGAACUCGCAGAGGUCAAGACACCAAAGCGGAAAGAAAAGAGGGUUAGUGAUAAAUUUACGCCACCAAUUGGGUCCCCUCUCCGGACCGAGGUGCAACACGAGGAUUAUGUUGGCCUCCAAGCGACGCCAAUUGCACCCAUGGGCAGAGAUGAAUUGCUGAUCGAUCCGCUAAAAGCGCCCACCACCAUUCCCACCUACAAAGCCGAAGAACCAAGAUCCCAACGCAUACAUGAUUCUGGAUACUAUGCCCCUGACGACCAGGAACGCAUUGAUGUUGCUGACCGAGAUGAUCGGGACGAAUUUUUCUCUGCCGACUCGGAUGAGAUGAAGAAAACAAAGAGCAAGUCUCGCGAGACAGAUGACAUCGAUGCUCGAGACUCUAGGUCGGUUGUAUCAAGUAGUAGGUACGACGAUGACCUAGAUCGCAAGGACACGCGUCAUCGUCGUAGAGAGAGUGAACGAUCAGAGAGUCGUGACCGUGGAUAUGAAUUCGAUGAUGGCGAACACAAAAAGAAACAUCACAGGCGCCGAGAAACUGAUGAACGAUCCGAGGAUUGGGACACAAGAUCUGCCAACUCCGAAACUCGCUCUGAAGCCAAUGGCGAGCGUCGGAAGAAGCAUAGGAGACGCGAGAGCGAGAGGAACGGCUCUCCUGAAGAUCGAGUCCGCUCGUCAGCUGCGUCUGAGCCUGGUGAUAGCUACGAACGAGAGCACAAGUCAUCGAAACGACGAUCGAAACGGGAUGGCGAUUACGAUGAUACAGCCUCUGUAGUUUCAUCACCUGCGCGAUAUAAUGAAGGGCGGUCUCCCAAAAAGGAAAAAGAGAAGCGUUCCAGCGGACUCUUUAGUCUUUUCAGUAAGUCGAAAGAGAGCCUGGUAGAUACUUCUAGCAAGUCCUCCAAAUCUAAGGAAGAGCUCGAGGACGUGGAUCGAAAACAUCGGAAAAAGAAACAUCGUGGUUCAGCGUACGGGUCAGAUGACGAUGAUAGCCGUUCGAUCAUAUCAUCUCGAGAUCGUCGUGAGAAACGGAGAAGUCUUACUGACAGCCGUGAUGAAGAUUCCAAAGAAUCUAGACGAGAUAGAUCUAGGGACUCACGACAUACCGCCGAAGAAGAUCAGUCUUUUUUAGGCGAUCGGGCAGUGGCAGCCACUCCACUGCCCGCAAGUGAGGGUGAAUCUCACGAUAUCGUAACAAGAUCACCUCAUACCCAAAAGGAAAGUGGCAUACCCGGAGAUCGACCCGAAUUCCCUCUCCCAACUCUCGACAAUUCCCACGCGUUCUCUCCUGAGCAGCGCGAUGUCGAGCGUCCAAAAACACCAACCGAAGACACCCGCGCGCUGCUGACCCGUCUUACUGGGCUUCAGCCUUGGCUAUUGGAAGCCUUUCCCGACGAAUUGCCACCACUUCCAGUAUCUCGACCAAAUUCCCCAUUAGCUCAGACUCCGGAGCCACGUUCCCCUCUCUCUGCUGUCCGUGGAUCUGCAUCGGCAUCUGUUCCAUUUCGCUUUCGUCGACCACUAACAUCGCCUGGCGUGCAGCGCGAUCUCACUCUUGAUCUAAAGCAUGCGGCAACUCCAGCUAGCUCGCCUCUCCAACAACCGCUAUCCCGACGCCAUUCUAAGGCUGCCUCGACUGAGUUCAAAGAUUCUCGUGAGUUCCGCCCUCUAUAUCUCGUCGAGCGUAAUCGUAAACCCAAUGACAUCGAAGAAGUGUUGCCAGCACUUCCAUCGAGUGGCGGAACAUCGCGAACUCCUUCAGAACGCGGAACGACAGAAGAUGAGUACCAAUCUGCUCUUGAGUCUCCACAUAUGAGUGCGAGCGAUACUUUUGAAGAUCCAUUCACAGAGCCGCCAAGCCGUGUAGUUUCGCCGCCACAUUCUGAGUUACAGGAACGCGAAAUUGACGAACUCACUGAGUCUCAGCAGACUACGCCUAAGGCUUUAUCAUUUCCAUCUGGAGUAUUAGAUCUGCCCGUGCACUCUGAUUUACCAGCUCUUGAGAUUGCCCCUCUCACUUCUGAUGAUUCUAGAGGCCUAGGCUUAUCGCUUGAUGCAUCCGACAAACCCCGAGCAAUAUCACCGAAGCUUCAAAGUCCUCUGGCUCCAAGCGCGCUCAUAGACGAUACAAAUAUGGCUGAUGCGAUGGCCUCACGAAGCAGAGAUCCAUCCCCUACUAAAUCUUCGUCUGCCCUCCAGGAUGCCGCUCUUGGUACUUUGAUAAGGGGAGCGGCUGCUGCUACGUCGAGGCAUCGGAGUCCAUCUCCUGCUAGCUAUGGGUCCGAUUUCAUGGCUGGUGAGCCUGAUCAGGAAACCAUUGAUCUCGCUGCCCAGUCUUUCCCCCCUCCAGAGCCGCAAGAACCCGAGCAACCAAGCGUUUCCCGAACCCCUUCAUCGAGCUCAAAGAAGACGAAGAAAGGUAGAAAGGGCUCUAAGGGUAAGAGCAUUGACUAUGGUAUUGAAUCACCGAAAGAGCUCACCGCUGAAGAUCAUCAAAAGAUUAGGGAGAAGGAUGCAGAGGAAGCAUUUGAAGGAUGGUUCUCUGCUCCCAUAGAAGAACCAAAACCCAUCGAAGAAAGGAAGGUCGUGCCAAUUCAAGAACCUUUAGAGCUUAAUCCAAAUCUCUUACGUCGCGACAGCAAAGGCAAAACCAAAGGGAAGAAGAAGAAAGGGAAGUCUAAGAAGGAUUCGAUCUCCGAAUCACUCCCGCCAACACCGACGGAAGAACGCCCCUAUCCUUCCCCCAGCUCCUCACAAUAUAUACCGCAAUUCGUCCCGAGUGAAGAAGACUGGAAAACUAACCGAGCUGAAUCUGUCAUUACAGAUGAUGCUACGCUUAUAGGCGAGCCGAGCGCAAGCCAGUAUGGAGGCUCGCCUGAAAUUUCUUCGAAGGAGUUUCGCCGCCAGAAGGUUUUGGAUAGCACUGCCCCACGGGAUGAUAAUGACCUUGAUGUUAUGAAUGCCGGUGUUGAGGCUAAGGCACAACAGCUUCGGAGCAAGACUUCGCUGCAAGAUUUGCUGGGCCCAGUGCUUUCGAGGAAAAUCUCGGAGAGCAAGUUGCAGAAUGUUGGGCAGCGAGAGGAAUUGGAGGCAGAGACAGAGAGGCCGAUCGAUCUUUGGGCGGCGACGACGCCGAAGUUGGAGAAGGAGGGUGUGGUUGAGCCGCUGCUGCCGGUGGAGUCUCUCGGUGACAAAAAAAGCGAAAGUCCCGUGGCUGAACCGAGCGUGAUAGUCGCUGAGGAAGAGUUCGAAUCGGCCCCCAAAGGCAAGAAAGGAAAGAAGGGGAAGAAAGGUCGGAAGGCAAGCAAACAAGUUGAACUUCCAAGCCUUCCUACUGAAUCAUCUGUGACAAAGAAUGAAGUGGUGUCUGAACCGGUUUCAGAAGAACGACACAGUGAGUUGGAGCGAGAUAUCUUACAACCGGCUUUUGGGAAAGAUAUGUCGGUUGUUGUUGAAACUCCGACGCCCGUUGUUGCUCAGGACAAGUCAACUUCCCUAGAAGGCACGACGACGGCUGAGGUGAAGGAGUUGAUGAGUCAACCUGACCUCGUUCCAUCUGCUCUUCAUGAAGACAAAGCGGAUACUUCGCUGGGGCGAUCGACGAGAAUGCCUUUUCCUGAGGAGAAGUUAGAUGUUCCUGCAGAUGCCCUCGAUGUCCUAGGUCCAGAAUCGAGGAAAAUCCUGCCUAAGCAAGAGUCCGUUCAUCCUGUUUCUGAUGUCCAAGCUUCUGAAUCGAAAACCAGUCUGCCCGCGCAAGAGUCCGUUCGAGAUGUCCUUGGAGAUGUCUUGGAUGUCCUAGGUCCAGAAUCGAGGAAAAUCCUGCCGGAGCAAGAAUCUGUUCAACCUCUUCCUGAUGCCCAACCUCCUAACGCCCAAGUUCUAGAAUUGAAAACAAGCCUGCGCGCGCAAGAUUCUGUUCGAGAUGUCCUUGGGGAUGUCCUCAAUGUCCUAGGUCCAGAAUCGAGGAGAAUCCUGCCUGAGCAAGAUUCAGUUCAACCUGUUCCUGACACCCAAGUUCCCGAAUCGAAAACGAGCUUGCCCACGCAAGAAUCCGUUCAACCUCUUCCCGAUUUCCAAGUUCCCGAAUCGAAAACGAGCCUGGCCGCGCAAGAGUCCGUUCGAGAUGUCCUUGGAGAUGUCCUUGAUGUCCUAGGUCCAGAGUCGAGGAAAAUCCUGCCUGAGCAAGACCCUGUUCAGCCUGUCCUUGAUGCCCAAGCUCCUGAAUCAAAAACCAGUUUGCCCGCACAAGAGUCCGUUCGAGAUGGCCUUGGAGAUGUUCUGGAUGUCCUAGGUCCAGAAUCGAGGAAAAUCCUGCCUGAGCAAGAGUCCGUUCAACCUAUGUCUGAUGUCCAAGCUUCUGAAUCAAAAACCAGUUUGCCCGCGCAAGAGUCCACUCGAGAUGGCCUUGGGGAUAUCCUGGAUGUCCUAGGUCCUGAGUCAAGGAAAAACAUGCCCGAACAAGAAUCCGUUCAACCUGUUCCCGAUGCCCAAGCUCCUGAAUCGAAAACGAGUCUGCCCGCACAAGAAUUUGUUCGAGAUGGCCUUAGAGAUGUCCCCGAUGUGCCCGGUCCGGAAUCAAGGAAAAUCCUGCCUGAGCAAGAGUCCGUUCAACCUGUUCCCGAUGCCCAAGCUCCUGAAUCGAAAAUGAGCCUAGCCACGCAAGAGUCUGUUUAUCCUCUUCCUAACGCCCAUGUUCUAGAAUCGAAAAGGAGCCUGCCCGGGCAUGAGUCCGUUCAAGGUGGCCUUGGGGAUAUCCUCGAUGUCCUCGAUCCAGAAUCGAGGAAAAUCCUGCCCGAGCAGGAAGAGUCAGUUCACCCUGUUCCUGAUGCCCAAGCUCCUGAAUCAAAAACCAGUCUGUCCGCGCAAGAGUCCGUUCAAGAUGGCCUUAGAGAUGUCAUUAAUGUCCUAGGUCCCGAAUCGAGGAAGAUCCUGCCUGAGCAAGAGUCCGUUCAGCCUGUUUCCGAUGCCCAAGCUCCUGAAUCGAAGACAAGCCUACCCGAGCAAGAACCUACUAGAGACGUCCACUCUACUCCUACUCCCGAACCAUCUCAAUCUUUCACAAAAUCUCUUUGGGGUGCAUUCAGAUGGGGCAAGAAGAAGCCAAAGACGCCCGAACCACUGCCACCUUCCCCAGCACCGGUGUCAGAGAAGGAGGGUGUUCUAGUACAGGAACAGCCCACCCUGGCUCAGCCCCAACAAACUCUUGAGCCCUUGGGCCUCGCUGGUGCGUCCUCGGAGAUGCUGCCUCCUUCGGUCCUACCGCUUAGCACCCCCUUUGAAUCUCAGGAACAACCAAGCUUUGAGAUAGGAGAGCCUCUGCCCCAACUUGACUUGGAGGCUAAGGGAAUCGGUCCAGAUGAGGAGACAACCCAGAGUACCAAAGAGGCUAAGGAGAUUCCUAGCGAUAAAGAUAAGGAGAUCCCCCUGGAAACUGUCCCUGAAGUUCUAUCCGAACCCCGAACCCUAGCGGGAAAUGAUGAGUUGGCUCUUCCCUUGUCAAAAAAGAGGAAGGACAAGAAAGGAAAGGGUAAAGGCCGAGCCACGGACACUGCCCCCUUCACAUCUAUGGAGGCUGAACCUAGUGACAUUAAGAAGUCUGAUGCUGCUGAGCCCCGAGAUCAGACUCGUGAACUAGAGCGAGAUCUUCCCGUCUCUGAGCCAAACCCCGAAGAUGACGAAUGGGCUUUGCAGGGUAAGAAAAAGAGCAAGAAAGACAAGAAAAUACGCAAGCGGGGAAGUCUUCAAGUAUCUGAAUCGGUAGAGCCUGAGCUGGCACCUGAAGCGGCAAUUCAAGUACAGGAGUCUCACUCUCUGGAGCUAGAGUCUGGGCAAGACAUUCCACAGUUGGGUGGGGAGCAGAUUUCUGUUGAGUCGGAACCAGGUAUUCCAGCGACGGGAAAGAGUAUGACAGAUGUUAUAAUCGAACCAUCAACCCCUGGUGAAGAUGAGUGGGCCAUUCCAGACAAGAUGAAGGGCAAGAAGGGCAAGAAAGCCUGGCGGGAGAACACGCAACCUUCAAGCCUUGUUGAAGCCGAACCAAGCAAUCAAGACCUUGCUCCUCAAGAGAACAUUACUACCCUAGAGGAACCUGAUGCGACUCUCAACGUGGAUCCUAAAACAUCGGAUACACCUCGCAUCACUGAGCAAGACGUCCUUCCUGAUCCUGAAUCUAUACUCCAGAGGGAUGAAUCAGUGUUCACUCCGAAGAGGAAAGGCAAGAACAGAAAGGGAAUGGACGACAGGCAAAGUAUCGAGCAGGAAACUCAUGGGCAGGUCCUCGAACCUGAGUCUAACACACAAGACAGUGUUGGGCAAGUACGAGAUCCGGCCCAAUCUUUGGAAUCCACUCAAAUCGAUUCCAGCAUUCAAGACACCGUCAUCACUCAAGGCGAGCCAAUCCAAGAUCUCCCACAGCUCUCGGAACAAACACCAGAGGAUGAAUGGGCCUUAACUUCAUUGGGGGACAAGAAAAUGAAGAGCAAGAAGGCAGACGCUUCACUUGAGGUCGAACCACCUGGCCCUUUGGACAUUGAGCUGAGUACUCAGGAAGAUGUUCUGGUGCUCAAAACGGAGGAGCACAUCCUUCGAACUGUCGAACCUCAGAUUAGCAUUGAGCCUGAGGUUACAUCACAAUCAGAGUUGUCUGUCACUCCCGAACCUGAAUUGAGUGUUCAGCAAAAAGUCCCACUACUUGAGCAGGAGCAAGUUUCUCGAGCCCACGAAUCUGAGCUUGGGGCGCAGUUAGACAUCCUUUCCUCUGAGUCUCAAACUAAGAAUAAUGUUACGGAGCUUUCAAAGGAGCAAGAGAUUCUAGAUGAGUGGUCAGUGCCAUCGUCAAAGAAGGAAAAGAAAGAGAAGGGCAAGAGCGGCAAAGCAAUGCAGGAAGAUGAACCCUCUACUUUCGUCGAGUCAGCCCCGAGUACGCGAGACGUCGUCGCCGCCAUGGAGGAAGAUAUUACACAGACAUCUCAGCCAUUGGAGCCUGAGCUCACCAUUCAGCGCGACAUCGAAGCCCAGCUUAAAGAAAUACCUCAAACAGUGCAAGAACCUGUUGCAGAGGAUGAAUGGGCAGUUCCCGUGUCUAAGAAAGCCAAGAAGAAAAAGGUGAAAGAAACGAAAGCUGUGCAAGAUGAACUGUCCCAAGUCCUCGAACCUGUCCGUGAUACUGAUGAUGCCUUGGAACCUGAGCCUGUCAUCCAGCAAGAGAUCGCACCUCAGCCCGAAGAACUGCCUCAAACACUACAAGAAUAUGUUGCGGAAGAUAAAUGGGCUGCCCCCGUCUCUAGGAAAGACAAGAAAAAAGCCAAAGGAAAGAGAGCUGCGCAAGAUGAACCAUCGCAAAUUACCGAGCCUGUUCACGACGUCGAUGAUGUUCUUGAUGUGGAUAAAAAAGAGGCUGAGUCAAUGCCCGUCGAUCAGAGUCGGGAUCUCACAGCUGGUGAUGAUAUCUGGGAAGCACCUUUGUCUAUGAAGAGAAAGAAGAGGAAGGGCAAAGGGAAGAAGGCUGCGCUUGAGAGUGAGUUUGUAGAGAAUGUGGGGAUGCUGGGCGAGGAGCAAGAUGAGCUGGAUAUAGAAGAGUGGACCCGAACUGAGGUUUUACCUGAAGCUAUCCCUAAGGUCCGAGAUGAAGCCGCAAUGGAAGGUGUUGGCGAGGCUUACCUUAAAGAUCAUUCUGAGGCUCAGAUACCUUCUCAAAGCCUAGAUACUCCUCAGCCCGAAGGCUUCCAUGAAUCUCAGCGUCUUUCUGAACCUCAGAUCGGCUCCGAGAUUGAACGAGACAUCAAGGAGGAACCAUGUUCGGACACUCAAGGUGGUUCUUCAACACAGACAUUCGAGGAAGCGAAGGACGACGGUGACGAAUGGGCCCCUAUGUCCAAGAAGGCCAAGAAGGCCAAGAAGACGAAGACAUCUGCUCUCCUUGAAAGUGAGACCCCAUCACUAAUCGCAACACCCGUCGAGGAGUCUAAAGAAAUUAUUCCUGAGGACCUUGCCGUAUCUACGACCCAAGAGCUUAAGGAGAAGGUUGUAGAUGAACGGGUACCCAUUUCCAAGAAAGACAAGAAAAAGGGAAAGAAGGCGAAGAAAUCUGCUCUCCUUGAAAGCGAAACUCCACCGUCCGUUGCAACACCAGUCAAGGAGUUCAUUUCUGAGGAUCUUCCUGAAUCUGAAACUAAAGAACUCGAGGGGAAUACGGACGUUGAUAGAUUGGCACCUAUUUCCAGGACAGACAAGAAAAGCAAGAAGCUCAAAAAAUCUGCUCUUAUUGGAAGCGAAACCUCUCUAUCCGUCGCAACGCCUGUCGGCGAGUCUGAAGAGAUUAUUCCUGAAGACAUUCCUCUCCCCGGGACCCGGGAGCUCGAGGAUGUGAAAGCUGAACAGGUUCCUAACGAUAGCUUCGAAAGCUUCGCCCCUACAUCCAAGGGCAGAAAGAAGGCUAUGAAGGCUAAGAAGAUUACAAAAUUUGAAAGCGAAACGCUGGACCCUGGUUCUGCAUCAACCGAGGGGUUGAAGGAACCAAUGCUGGACGUUAGGCAGUUGAAGGUGAAAAAUCGGGAAGAGCAAACUUCGGAAAUGACCCCUGUAUUUAAUGAAGAGCAUGCUCAGCCAAUUGUUGAAAAUCAGGUGGAAUCAGCGGUCAAAAUCCCAGAAACGCAAAUGGAGCUCUCAACUCCCAUAGCACUGCGAGUCGACGAAUCGUUCCAAGACAGUGUUCAGGUUCCACUAGUUAUCUCCUCUUCUGAAGCAGGCAAAACCUUGGGUAUCCAUAUUUCCGACACCGAGCCUGAGACUACUGCUCACGACAGCAAACUAACCGAGACGAGGUCCAUGGAUGAUGUUCAUUCUUCCGCUUCACCAAGUGAGGCGCAAGAUUCGACCACGGAUGACUGGGGCUUCACAUCGUUGAAGAAGGGCAGGAAAGGGAGGAAAGGAAAGAGCAGACAAGUUGUCGUUGAAGAGCCCGCAUCUUAUAUUCAACCUCCUGAGCCACAACCUGGGCCACUUCCUACCGACAUUACGCCUUCAGAUUUUCAAGUUAAACCACUUCCUAAUACCGAGGAAACGGUUGAACAUACGCUUCCGAGUCAACCUGAUCCUACAAUUGUCCAACCAAUCGAAGACUCUUCAUCUACACUUUUAGCUGAGGCGGAGGAAGAGUGGGACGUUUCGACCUUGCAAAACCCAAAAAAGAAGGGCAAACGUGCGCCUGUGGUCGAGGACCCUAGCCAAGAACGCAGCACUCCCCAAAUGCAGCCUCAAUCUACCUCCCACAACGUUCCUAUUCAAGAUGAUUUAACAUUUCCGCCUGAACCAGAGCCAGCAAAGGAUGAAGAUGUGAUUUUCGACGACCAAACCGCCCUUCCACUAGAGCCGGAGAAGCCAAAGGGCAAAUAUUUAGACUCGCCAUCUUCCCAAGGUGAUCAGAUUCAGGUGGAGGCGGUUUUACCAUUGCCACCCGUUCCGAGCGCCAUGCCUGAAGCCCAGGCUAAAGAAACGACUCGAGAUAUCUUGUCCGAAGAGCCACAUGCUUCCAUCGACACUUUUGAACAAUCUGUUACUCCUUCCGCCGAACUCACAGAGCCAAGGCCUGUAGACUGGGACUUCCCGAUUUCAAAGAAUAAGAAAAAGGACAAGAAAGGCAAAGGCAAGCAGUCUAGCGCGGUCACUUCGGUCCCCGAAGCCCUUCCCGAAGUUAAAAGUGGGAGUACAAGUCAAAACAUCUCUCCCACAGUAACUGAAGAGGCCCGGUCAACAGUCACACUACCAGUGGAGCCAGACCAGCCUGUUGAGGAUGAUUGGGGUUUCCCGGGGUCCAAGAAGGAUAAGAAGGCGAAAAAGGGCAAAAGAAAGCAAUCGGGAACAGCCACUCCAAUCUCUGAAUCUUUUCUAGAAGUCGAGAAGUGCGCAUCAAGGCGCCAAUCUCUUAGUAUCAGAUGAAGCUCAACUAGUACCCACGCCGUCGCCAGAGCCCGAGCAACUUGCUAAGGACGACGACGGUUUCCCGGUGUCCAAGAAGGAUAAGAAGAAGGCGAAGAAGAGCAAAGGAAAGCAAUCGGGAACAGCCACUCCAAUUUCUGAACCUCUCCUCGAAGUCGAGAGUGCGCAUCAAGGCGCCAAUCUCUUAGUAUCAGAUGAAGCUCAACUAGUACCCACGCCGUCGCCAGAGCUCGAACAACCUACUGAGGACGACGAGGGUUUCCCGGUAUCCAAGAAGGAUAAGAAGAAGGUGAAGACGGGGAAAGGAAAGCAAUCGGGAACAGCUACUCCAAUCUUCGAAACUGUUCCCGAGGUACAGCCCAAGAUUUCGCCUGAAAGUGAAAAGGUCCCUCCUGAGAGCCUUGAGGAGGACAGGG